UAUGAACACAAGUCUAGCAUGUUUUACAUUUGCAUGCAGAAAAUGGUUUAGACAAAGGAAAACGUGCAAAUGCUAAUCCAAGUGAAAAUAGCACCGUGUUUCAUUAUUUUAAGAUCCAUAAAACUGAAUGCAACACGCAACGGAGUAAAGCAUGUACACGGUAUAUUGCCGUGUACGGUACAGUUAACAUGAAAAUGUGCGAAAGAGCUGGAAACAAAACUACAAUUCUACUGAUGCAAUUACACGACAAAGUGAUAGUGCGUGCAGUGUUAAAAAUAAAACAUGUAGCCUUCUGAGGUGUGGCUCCUGCAGGGGUGUGGGGAUGACGACUAGGUAAGAAAUAAAAUAACAAAUAAGGAGAUUCGAAAGUGCUCGGCUGCAAUACCUUUGAUUGACACUGCAUGCAGUGUAUGGGGUGGAGACGCAGGGUGGGGUCAGGGACAGGGAGAGGCGGAGGAGAGAAAAAAAUUCUACCCGAACUGAGCAACAACAGCAAGGGAGAGUCACACAGAGAAAAGAGGCUUUUCAAAGCGAAAGCUAUGGUCUAAGUCCCACCCGAGAAAAGGAAUUUAAAUGAAAAUAAACUGCCGGCGAAACCGUAACCCCACCCGGGCGCCCCCCUCCUCAGCAUCUGCCCCUGCCACCGAGAUGCACACGGAGGUUCCGAAGAACAAGAAAGGCACAACCAAUCCCAAGGAUUCCUUUCCCAGCAGCACACUGACGCCAGAGGGGAUGCCAGCCAUAGAAGUCAAGCUGGAGCCCAUAGAACCGGGAGCUUCGUACGAGCGGGCGGCAGAGACAGCCAAGCCAGCAGGGGGCGCCGUGAAGAUGGAGUCCUCGGCAUCCUCCUCCUCCCCCCCGCCUCCCCUGCUCUGCGAGAUCAAAACGGAGCCCCCGGAGGAGCUGCUGUCCAGCGACCAGACCGAACCCGUUGACCUGUCCCUGAACAAGCCCCGUCCCUCGCCCCCAGUCUGCUUCACCCCUUCAGUCACGCACAACCCCCCACCCCUCACUCUGGGCUCCACCAUCCCCGCAGUCCUCUCCCCCGGCUCCAUCCUGGCCUCCACACAGGGGGCGGACGGCCAGCAGAUCCUGCAUGUCAUCCACACCAUCUCCUCCGUCAACCUGCCCAGCAAGAUGGGCGGCCUGCAGACCAUCCCGGUGGUGGUGCAGUCAAUGCCCGUGGUCUACACCACCAUGCCCAGCGACGGACUGACUGGCUCCAUCACAGUGCCCCUCAUCGGCAGCGACGGCAAAUCCGAGGGAUCGGUUCGGAUCAAGCCUGGCUCCACCUCCCCGGUAGAGAUCAACAGCGACAGUGACACAGAGAGUGGCACAGAGACCGGCGCCACUUCCUACCACCCACUACAUUCUGGGAUGGGCUCCACCCCACACCGGCAGGCCCUCGGGUCUCCGGAGAUGAAGAGGAGGCGUGUCCACCAGUGUGACUACGACGGCUGCAACAAAGUGUACACCAAGAGCUCUCACCUGAAGGCACACCGCCGCAUUCACACAGGGGAGAAGCCAUACCACUGCACAUGGGAGGGAUGCACGUGGAAGUUUGCCCGCUCCGAUGAGCUGACACGACACUUCCGCAAGCACACCGGGAUCAAGCCAUUUCGCUGCUCUGAUUGCGACCGCAGCUUCUCGCGCUCCGACCACCUGGCUCUGCACCGGCGGCGACAUGUCAUGAUGUGAGGGGUGGGGCCUCUGCACAUACCACACCCACAUGGGGACAGCUCCACUUGCCCUGGGGGAGGGAGGGAACUGACAGCUCUCCGCCAUACUGAACUGGAUGGGUACAGACCAUGACUCCACCUGUUUCCUGAAGUGGGUGGGUCCUGCAGGAAGGAGGCGGGGUUUGUAUCCGUUAGCAAUGGGAGUGUUCUGGUCCCCUCUGCUGUCAAAGAUGCCGGCCUGUGUGUCACUCAGCAGUCGCCAUCUUCAUUAUUUUUUAAACUAAAUUUAAACCAAUAGGAGUGAGUAGAUAAGGAAAGGGCAAAAAGUCGCUCAACAACAACAACAAAAAGGCUAGAGUCGAUGCAAAGGGCUUGAGGCGAGGAGGCUACAAAAUCAGAAAAUGGCAGCCAUUUUUGUAAUUCUUUGAUGUGCUAUAAGAUGAUUUUACAAAAGUUCAAAUGUAUUACUGUAAAUAAAAUAAUAAUAUACAUGCAUAACUGAAGUUCUAAGGUAAUUGUAUUAUUUAAAGAGUAGUGGUUUUAGCUGGCUGCCAUUUUCUGAUUCCCCUUUAUUACAGCCCCUGCCUUCAGCCUUGCUUUCACACUGAGCAUGCUCACUGUGAGGGAUCUUUACAACGUUCAGUUUGGUUGGACUUUAGACAUGGCACCUGUGGAUGCCUUAGAAAUUAACACAGCAAGAGAAAGAAAGAAAGAGAAAGGUAGAGAGAGGAGAGAAAAUGUUUCCAGACUGUGAAUUUUUCCUUUUUGUUUAAAUAAAUAAAUGGCUGUGUUUUUUUAAGGGUGGUACAAGAACAGUAUUUUUUAGGGGCAUUGAAAAAUCAAAACAAAAAGAAAUUCUCCUUCCACUUGUUGAUUCCCAAUUGGAAAGAGUCUCCCUUCCCAUUUGGAAUGAACGAUUGUAAGGUUUGUUUUGUAGUUGCUUGAGAAAGAUUUCUGAGUCUUCACAUUGACAUCUUGUAAAAUGCAAUUGCUUUGCUUGUUUGCCACUUUUUGCUCACUCAGGUGGCUCACGUUGAAACUUGAGUGAUGCUCUCGUGCCAACCCUGCAAGAACCCUGCUGUCCUGGCACACAGCUGCUGGCCGCUACACACUUGCACAUAGCUGUGAUACAGUUGAAAUGUAUCAAAUAUAUGACAGUUUAGCAGCGUUGGUAUUUUAUCAUUUUUAAGACUGUGAAAUUUUAGAACACAAAAAACCCUGUAAUAGAUUAGGAGACAGUGCUGCCUCGUGGUUCCUGCUGUUGCAGCCUGUGAAUCUUUGGUUCAUAUCUGCUGCUUCUUUUUCUUGUGGAAAAUCACCUGUUGAAUCUUGCCACGUCAGUUAUUCUGCUGCCAGGAUAGAGAGGUUUAUGUAAUUCUUUUGAAGAAGGAUUUAUGGAUUUAUAUUCAACUGUAGAUUCAUGCCUAGACACCGCCUUGUGUAGGAGUAGGCAGUUAAAUGGCAACUUAAGAGCAGUUGCACAACUGGUUGUGUAGAGCAGAGCAGGGUUUUACUUUGGUCUACUCAAGCAACUUGUAUGUGUCCCAUUCCUGGCUGGCUGCUAUUUCAGUUACUGACAUGCAAUUUAAGUGGCUCUACAAAGUUAGACCCAUCUUAAGACUGGCUUUUUGGCUCCACUUCUCCAAGCUGGUACGGCAGAGGAACAGUUUGGUUAUAGCAGAAGCAGCAGGAGCACCGGUUUUCUUUCUCUUGAAGAUUUUCCCCUCUGGAAACCAACUUUAAAGAACAAAAAAGGGCACUUUUUUCAGAUUUAGUUUCUUUUGCUUUUAUGAUGUAUUAUCUAUUUAAAAAAAAAAAAAGUUUUUCUUUCUUGUUUUCUGAUUUUAUGAUGCCUACUGUAAAUAAUAAAUAGAAAAACAACAACUAAGAAAUAAAUAGAAGUAUAGAAUUCUAUGGAGGGUUACGUGCAUUUUGACUUUGCUGUUUUAAAUAUACACUUGUGUGCAUUUUUUAAGUAGUCACUGGGACCCCCAUUUUAAAAGCCAUACUGAAGUAUGCAGUGUCCCUAAUCAUUACAGUUGGGGUCAGUCUACCUAGAAAUCCAGUGAGCAUUUCUCCUAAAAUGUAUGGUUUCUGUACUGCUACUCACUUCACAAUAGCUACAGCGGGGUCCAGUUGGGAAAGGGCGGAAGUGUUGGUCCCCUUUCAGAAUGCCUGAAAAAAAAGAACACGAAAUCUAUGAAUGGUUUGAGAUGUGAAAGACUUUGCUGUAUCUCUGUCCUGUUUGUUCAGUGAACAGUCAAACUUAAUGUAAUAAAGCAGAGUCAGAAACAUACAGUCACUUGAACAGUUCCCUUAUUAUGCCAGGGGAAAAAUGUUAACUGUCAAGUUUUGGUCCUCCAUGGCACUUCUGCGUAUCUGUUAUCUGUUAUUAGAUAUACUGUAUUUUGCUUAAUGUAAACCUCUCCUGUCGCCUAAACAAAUGUAUUGCAGUGCUUUUUUUUAUUUCCUCAAGAGCAGUUACACUUCAUUGCCAGUAGGUGGCACUUGGUUUUGAUUUUGCUGCAUGCAAAAAAAAGCACAGUUCAAUUUGGAUUGAGGAGGGUAGUGUUUAUGCUUAGACAAGCAUAUUUUCAAUUAACUAUAUAUUUAGUAAGUAUUUUAAUUGACAAUUUAAAAAACAACUUGAUGUGUGUGGGAAGUCUCUUCACAAUUUUGAGUAUAAACAACAUCUUUUGACUCCAUGCUACAGUCAUAUCAACCACAUAUUUAUAAUAUUAAAGGUUAUUUCAUUGAACUUCUGAAUCUUAAUAAAAAUGUUUUAAAAAAUGUAAAUAUUGUAUAUAAUUGAAGAAUCUUAAAUGUAAUAGGUGUGAGUUCUAUUUUUAACACAGACUAGAUAUUGUGGUGCUGUUUUGUUGAAAGUAUCAUUGAUUUUGUUUAAAUUUGAAUCAUGGUAGCCAUUGCUAUAUGUUUACAUUAACAGUGUAUUACCCAGCCAUAAAACCUGUUACCAGCACAAACACAACAGAAUUGGAAGAUAUAUUGCACAGUGGUCCUGAUACUGGUUCUUAUUAUUACGAUACAAUUGGCAUGUCAAAAUAGAAAACAGUUUCUAACGUGGUACCAUUCUACUGUGCGCACUGCAGUUGUCAUUGUGCUACAGUAGCUUGGUUGUACAGAUUAUAGUGUCAUUGAAGAUCAUUUUCGACAGGAACUGUCUGCCCUUGAAAAUGUCUGCAGUAUUUAGCUCAGGAGAGACUGAUUGAUACACAGACCACACUGUUCCAGACAGUGCCACCUGCUGGAAGAAAGAGGUAACUGCUCUUUUAGGUAUUACGUCAUUCUUUGGUUUAAUAUUUGAUUAUAAUCUAAUGCUAUGUCAUACAAGAUAUUUUUUCUUUUUUUUUAUGCAGAAACCUACAGGCCAGUAAUGUAACACACAGUGCAAUGCAGUUAACUUUUAUUGAACAGAACACAUCUUUAGAAAUCCGUGAGGAAGUUUUUGAUACUGUGAGGAAUUGGGAAAUGAUUUGUUUUUCCUGUGUAGUCAUGAUUUUACUUUUUUUUUUUUUUAAAUAAAGUUUUUUUUGGUGGAACUACAGCUUUUCUGCAUUU